AUGGCUCUAAUCCGCACCGAUGCUGCCUCAACUGGUCUGCGGGACAUUUUCGAACAUUUCUGGACUCGUGGUAUUGCUUCUGGCGAAUGGAGCUCGUCGUACCUGCAUGGGAAGAAUUUCCGCAACACAUCAAGGCCCUCGAUGCAUUGGUUGAAUGCGUGUCUGUAUUUUGGGCAACAGCACGCCAAACUUCUGCUGAGCAGGAUAUGGGAUGGGGGGGAUAGAGUUGACGGACAACCAGGAUGUUGUCGAACUUGGAUGAAUCAGAUGUUACGGAUCGAUACAACUCUCGCCAUCCAGAGUCAAUUUGGGAUUGGAUAUCAGGUUCAUUUUACCUGCAAGGCCCAUAUGCGUCACCAAACCACGCAAUUCAUCCGCCCGAAAAUCGAGUUUGGUCUUCAUCGCGAUGAUAUAUUGAUUGCACAGGCCUCCUCUGACGGACGGGCCACACUUCAAGACUAUUUUCUCCAUUUCAUUCCUCGGGAUUCAUUUCAGGGAAAGACUGCACAACCGUUACAUCAAUCCCUGCCCAUUCACUGCGAGGACGGUUCUCAUUGCGCCUCAGAUUCCACAGUGACAUCCAUCGUCGUCGAAUUUCCUCUCAUUCUGCGCAUCGGGACUGGUAUGUUGGCAGACAACCCAAACGAAAAUGGGUUUUGGCCCUGGAAAGGAGUCGACUGUCAAUGCCCUGUCUUUCCACAAGAGUUCACUAUUGGGCCCGUGAACUACAAGCUCGUAUCGGCUGUCAAGUUUGUUCCUGGUGGUGUUGGGCACUUUAUUUCGACGGUCGUCAUCAAUGAUACGGUGUACUCAUACGACGAUACACGCCAUAACGGUACUCUGCAAAAGAUAGGGCCGCUCUCCGACAUCACAAAUUGGGACUUUUCGACGAACUAUGUGAUCUAUGUGCGGACGACCAAGGAAUCGAGACUCAACCGAUCUGUCGAAGAGAUUGAACAAGACUAUACCAAGAUACCGUCUAUCGAUUCUCAAAGCAAUCCUUACCACAUCGUCGAUCCGACUCCUCUUCCAGAUCGACCGACGACUCCCACGCGAGCCAUGCCAGAUUGGUUGAAGCACCACGAAACCCCACAUGCGUCCAGCGACAAUCAGAGCAGCGAUUUCGAGAUGUUGGGAGCAAUCACGUCUUCAUGGGAUGAGCUCGAGGUCGAGCGAAUGAUCGCAGAGACGCUGGAUCCGGUGCAGGCGUCGCCAGCUCACAUCGGAAAACACCUGCUGAGUAGUAUGGACAAAUCGCCUUCCCCACCGCCAGCGAUCGCCACAUUAUCUGGAGCAGAUGAAGCUGAUUCGGACUCGAGCGACUCGGAGUUAGAAAUGGACUCGGGGAAAGCUGUCGUGGAAGAGGGCAGUACGCUUCGAUGCGAUGGGUGCUCAGAGCAAGCUCAGUUUGCAAAACAAUCAAAGCGGGCUAAUGGCGGUCUGGUGCCCUGUGAAUCAUGUCGCCAGUGCUCUCACAUCAGCUGCCUGGAUUCCGACACGAAUUGGCUCUUGGAUCGUGUGCGAUUCAUCUGCAAGUUGUGCGAUAAUUCGCACCCAGGCUCGAUUCUGGCUGUUCCUUAUCCAGCGACCAACGAUCCGGACGAUUCUGGGAGCAGGUUUUAUCCUGCAGUUCUUGUUCGGCGUCAUGUUGAGCGACGAGGGCAGUCAGACGAGUACGAAUUCAGCUGGUCCGAGUUCCUGGAUGGCGUUCUGUUCAACGCUCCAGAUCGACCAACUCAGCUGGAUAACUUCUUUCUGCCUCACGCAACUUUCGUUCGCUACUCAAAUAUGAUUCAUAAGGCACGCAAAAAAGUCCCAGACUCAAAGAUAGGGACAUAUCGCGUCCCAUUCUACCUCAAUCCGAAGGCGGAGAUCCAUGUGAACUCGAACCUUGCUCAAGUGUUUUCCGCUGCUAUCCCGGUCGUUGGCAAUGUCCUCCGAUUGUGGGACCAGCGUCAUGUGGUUAUCAAGGCCUGGAUUCGCUACAGCAGGGAGCAACGAAAGAAGAAGAAACGCCUCGGCCCCGAUUCUUGGGCGUCGAAGCUGGGUCUGAUAUUCACUGAAGAACUCGAUCAGACCCUCGGGUAUGCACUGUCCCGGCUGAUGAUCCAUACGACGUUGGCUGACAUACCUUUCCAUGAACGCAAUGAGCGCGUGCAGAGCGUCGGUUGCGUUCUCUUCCACCUCCUCUUCGUCCAGCGGGAGCUUGGAGAGCCCUUUGACGCUGGCGGUGCUUCUUUCGACGAUCUUCGCUCGGAAUCCAUUCUGGCUUGUCCCCCAAAGCACGUGGAUGCGGUCGAAACAGCGAUGUUCCAAAUCUGGCGGAUCCGCUGGAAUACGGUGGAUGAGUUGGGGGAGGCGCGAAGAAAAUUCCGUGCAAAUCAUUGCACAUAUGAUGAGCACCAUACUUGGCCGGUCUAUCGCCGGGUUAGUGGUGCCGCGCCGCUAGAUGCAGUCGUGGCAGUGAUUCCAGAGCGCCUGCGUAGCGAGGAGGAACAAGAGCCCGCACCCCCGGAGCGACCGAAGCCGAAGCCGCGCAAGAAGGUUGCGACUGUGGCUAGCGUCCGCAAACGCUCACGCGCCGAGGAAGAACAAGAACCCGCAGCCCCGGAGCGACCGAAGCUGCGCAAAGACAUUGUGACUGUGGCCAGCGUCCGCAAACGCUCACGCGCCGAGGAAGAACAAGAACCCGCAGCCCCGGAGCGACCGAAGCUGCGCAAAGACAUUGUGACUGUGGCCAGCGUCCGCAAACGCUCACGCGCCGAGGAAGAACAAGAGGAGGAUCUCCCCGCUCAGAAACGACCAAAGCGGCAGCAGCGCAAGAGGGCUGCUGCGCCGGCCAGCAAGACACCAGCGCCGCCUCAAAAGAAGGCUCGACCCAUGCGCGAUAACAAAGGGAGGUCUAGCGUCGAAAGUGAUGCACAAGCCAAGCCCACGCCCAAGCCAUGCAAGCCAAGCCCGAUCAGCCAAAUUCAAACUCCGACAUGCGGGGCAAGCCACUUACGCAAGCCGGUAUGUGAAGUCUGGCUGUUGUGCGGUGUCAUCGUAUCUUGCGCAUGUUAUGGCUGGGUGAUCGAACGCAAAGUUCACAUAGCGGCACCGCUGAUUUUCGCUUUUGGAGUUGGGUUCUUUUUCAUGGCGAUUGCGAAUGGUACUCAGACGCUCAUCAUCGACCUUCUCCCGGGCAAGGAUCUUCAGUGACUGCUUGUAACAACCUGAUUCGAUGUUCUCUCAGUGCUGCAAUGGUUGCCGCGAUUGAACCCAUCAUCAAUUCGAUGGGCGUCGGAUGGGCUUACAUACUAUUAGCAGGCAUUUGUGCCGCAUCAGCACCCUUGAUAUACAUUGUAAGGAAGGUUGGUCCCCAGUGGAGGGUGAGGCGAAGGCAGUUAGCGCACUUUGAAUCCCUUUAGAUAAUCAUUCAAGCUUGGUCCUUUAGCAAUUGGGGGACGCCGAGCUCA